CUCAAUGCAGCAAAGGCAAAAUUACAAGUUUAUGAAGAAGACUACUUUUUAGUAAAGCAAGAAAGAAUCACUCCGAAUCCUGCAAACAUACAGGUAACUGAGAUGAAGAACACUGCCAAUCAACCACCACAGUUAAAUGUCGUUCACGAGAGCACAGGUGAGCUUGUAAAAGUUUUGGCAGAAGCUAUGUCAGCUAACAGGCUACCAAUUCCAGAGCCUUCAAUAUUUAGUGGGGAUCCACUUAAGUUUAAACAUUGGAAGGCAUCUUUUCAGACUCUAAUAGAGAGAAAGAAUAUUCCCAUUGCAGAAAAGAUAUUUUUCUUACAGAAGUAUGUAGAUGGGAGUGUUAAAGAAGCCUUAGAAGGCUAUUUUCUGAUUGGCUCUGAAGAUUCUUAUAUGGCAGCAUGGAAUAUGCUCAAUGAUCGUUAUGGAGAGCCUUUUGUUAUUGCUAAGGCCUUUAGGGACAAGUUGCACACAUGGCCAAAGCUCCAAGGUAAAAACAGUGCAGACUUAAGAAAGUUUGUGGAUUUCUUACAAAGCUGUCAAUCUGCAAUGAUUACCAAUGAGAACCUGAACAUCCUCAAUGAUGCAAUAGAGAAUCAAAGACUUGCUGCUAAACUGCCAGACUGGUUAAGCAACAGAUGGAACCGAAAGGCUACAGAGUAUCAGUUAGAGCACAGACAGUUCCCACGUUUCAGUUACUUUGUAACAUUCCUGUCAAUGGAGGCAAGUAUUGCAUGUAAUCCCAUUACAUCAUAUGAAGCUAUAAGACAAAGUGACUUUGACAAACCAAAGACCAAGUCUCUACUUACACCCAUUCAUAAGAAGCAAAAUACAGCGAACAUCUUCACAACUAACUCCAGAGAAAGAAGCAUGAUCUCUUGUGUAUUUUGUAAAAGAGCAGGACACAGCUUACACAAAUGUCGUAAGUUCACUGAGAAACCAGUCACUGAGAGAGUCAAGUUCAUUCAAGGUGAAAAACUAUGUUUUGGCUGUUUAAACAGUGGUCACUUCUCCAAGAACUGCAGCAAUCGGAUGACAUGCAACACAUGCUCAAAACAACAUCCCACAUGUCUGCACGAAGAAAGACAAAGACACGAGACAAAGAAAGAACAACCUAAAGAACAAGAAGUAGCUGAAGGGAAGGAAACCCAGGAACAGGUAACACAAUCACAAGAAACAACGAAAGUUAAUGAAAGUACAUCUAACAGAGUGACUCAUGAAAGUAGAAACACACAGACAUCUGCAAUAGUACCUGUCUAUGUAUCCACACAAAAUGAGCCACACAAAGAAAUACUUACCUAUGCUCUGCUGGACACACAGAGUGAUUCGUCUUUUAUUCUUAAUGAAGUAGCAAACAACCUGGACACAGCUAAAACCCAGGUUAAUCUCAAAUUAUCUACAAUGUCAUCCAAGAAAACAACUGUAGCAUGUACAAAACUUGAAGCUCUGCAAAUAAGAGGAUUGUUUUCCAAAAGGAAACUCACUGUGCCAGUUGCUUACACACGUGAUUUUAUACCUGUCAAUCGUAGCCAUAUUCCUACUCCAGACACAGCAAGGUCAUGGCCACAUUUGGAACAUCUCACUGAACACAUUGCUCCACUAUUGGACUGUGAGAUAGGACUCCUGUUAGGCUAUAAUUGCACACAAGCUUUAAUGCCCAGAGAAGUCAUAUGUGGUGAAGAAAACCAGCCUUAUGCCCAGAAAACAGAUUUGGGUUGGAGCAUCAUAAGUUACUGUGAUUCGUGUGAUGCAGGCAGCGAUGUAAUUGGAGUAAGUCAUCGCAUCACUGUAAAGCAAGUAAUACCAGAGACUGAGCCAACCACAAAGCUAAAGAAUAAAGUUCAUUACAUCUGCAAGACACAGAUGAAAGAAGUAACAGGUCCAGAUGUAAUCAAAGCACUUGAAUUAGAUUUUACAGAGAGAGCAGUGGAAGAAACAAGCAUUUCACAAGAAGAUGUCUGCUUCCUAAGAAAGCUGCAUGAAGGAAUCAAACAAAAGCAAGAUGGACAUUAUGAAAUGCCUCUGCCUUUCAAAAGUGACAGACCAAAUCUUCCCAACAACAUGUCAAGUGCAAUGCAACGUUUAAGCAGUCUCAAACGCAGAUUCAUAAGGGAUCAAAGGUACUACUCAGAUUAUGCAAGGUUCAUGGAGGACAUUAUUGCACGUGGUGAUGCAGAGAAAAUACCGGAGAAGGAAAUCUGUAAUUCCCCUGCCUGGUAUAUUCCCCAUCAUGGGGUAUACCACCCUCAAAAGCCUGGCAAGAUCCGUGUUGUUUUUGACUGCUCUGCACAAUAUCAGGACACUUCGCUGAAUGAACACCUGCUUACAGGGCCUGACCUCACAAACACUUUGGUGGGAGUACUCUGUAGGUUCAGGAAAGGCUCAGUGGCUGUAAUGUGCGAUGUGGAGCGUAUGUUUCAUCAGUUCAAUGUAACACCUCAAGACCAGGAUUAUUUACGCUUCUUAUGGUGGGAGCAUGGUGAUUUAAAUGUUCCCCCCUCGGUCUUUCGCAUGAAGGUUCACCUGUUUGGUGCAGCUUCUUCACCUGGUUGUGCCAAUUUUGGUUUAAAACAUCUAGCCACACAAGGUGAGGGAAAGUUCUCUCCAGACACAGUAAAGUUCAUUCAAAGAAACUUUUAUGUAGAUGAUGGACUUGUAAGUGUUACAUCAGAAGCAGAAGCAAUAAAACUAGUCAAAGAAGCAAGAGAGCUGUGUAACACAGCUAAACUAAGAUUACACAAGUUUGUAUCAAACAGUGAAAAUGUGUUAAAAUCACUGCCCAGAGAGGAGUGUGCUGAUAGUAUUAAAGAUUUGGAUCUAGCACUUGGAGAGCCACUGAUGGAAAGAGCACUUGGUGUUCAGUGGUGCAUCUCUUCUGAUGAGUUUCAAUUUAGAAUAAAAGUCAAAGAGCACCCAAUGACAAGAAGAGGAAUCCUGUGCACAGUAGCAUCAGUGUAUGAUCCACUGGGAUUUGUGGCACCCUUCAUUCUAAAAGGAAAACAAAUCCUACAACAGUUAUGUCAAGAGAAAGUCGGAUGGGACGAGCCUCUUUCAGAUCAGCUCUACAGAGAGUGGGAAUCCUGGCUCCUAGAUCUUCAAAACUUGUCAAAGAGACAAAUCUGGCAAAGAAACAAGAGAAAUGCAAAGGUAAACGACAUUGUUAUUCUUCAAGAGGACAAUUCUCCAAGGAACAAGUGGAAACUGGCAAGAGUAACAGAAGUAUAUACAAGCGCAGAUGGAAGGAUCAGGAAGGUGAAGCUGUUACUAAGUGACUCGAUCUUGGAUAAGGAUGGAAAAAGGACUGUCAAGCCAGUGUAUCUUGAUAGACCAGUUCAUAAAACUGUGUUGUUACUGGAAGCAGAGUAAAUGUUAAAAUGUAAAUAUAUUCCUAUUUAAUGUUGUAUGUUAUUUGAAAUCACCAUAGGUUUGUGAUUUGGUGGGAGUUUUACUGCCA